AUGGAGAACAAUGAUAUAAACACGGAUCCCGCUGGCGAUCCUCCCAGAUCCCCUUUUAAGUUGAAACCGUCCGCUCGACUUGGUCGCAAAGAUAGUGAUGUUAAAACGAGCAAGAAAAUUGGUCACCGUCGUGUAACUGAUCAGGGAACCGUCACAUAUAAGAAGACUCCUACUUCGGAGAUUCAACGGGCCAUUCAAUUAGGCAUCCAGCACAGCAUUGGCACUCUCCAGCAAAAGCAAGUUCGUGAUGUUCUCUUUCGAGAUUUCGAAGUGGUUGAGACUGUGGACUUUCCUCGAUCCGGCACCAAAAUGACGCCUGCUCAUGGGCUCUCCGAUUUUCGUUUUCGAACAUUCGCGCCCGUCGCCUUUCGUUCAUUUCGCGACCAAUUCCAAUUGGACAUUCGGGACUAUUUGCAUUCCCUGUGCUCUCAGGAGCUUCGUGAACUUUCCAAUCCCGGUGCCAGCGGAUCUAUUUUUUACAUCUCUGCAGACGAUGAGUUCAUCAUCAAGACUGUUCAACACAAAGAGGCUAAUUUCCUUCAGAAACUUCUUCCUGAGUACUACAUGAAUCUGGUGCAACAUACACGAACCUUGCUACCCAAAUUUUACGGUCUUCAUUGUUAUCAGAGUUCGGGGAAGAACAUCCGUUUUGUUGUGAUGAACAAUCUGCUACCCUCGUCGGUGAAGAUGCAUGAACGCUACGAUCUUAAAGGUUCCUCAUAUAAGCGAAAGGCCAAUGAACGCGAAUUAGCCAAGGCAUCUCCCACCCUCAAAGACCUUGACUUCAAGGAGAGACAUCCAAACGGCAUUUGGCUGGAAGCUGAUACUUACGAUGCCUUGAUGAAGACCAUUGAACGCGACUGCAGGGUGCUUGAAUCCUUUCAAAUCAUGGACUACUCUCUCCUCCUUGGAGUUCAUAACUUUGACCGAGCGGAGCGGGAUAGGCAAAAUAGGAAGAACGAGCGAUCGUCGGAUAAUGGUAUGGUCGCCAAUGUGAUAUCGGGAGUUGGAGGUACAGAGCAGAAUCGAGGCGCGCUUAUGUCAUCCGGGACCUCGAAAAGGCGGAGCGACGGUGAUGCCGUGGAUCGGGGGCGUCGCUCUACCUCCCCUUUCGCCUCCAAUGCAUUCCGCUCUCGUUCGGGUAAUAAACGCCUCACCGCUUACUCCACCGCCAUGGAGUCCAUCGAGGCCAAGACCGAACCUGUAGAAAUCGAGCCCACCGACUCUGAGAGGGCCACGCUACUCGGUGGUCUACCCGCACGCAGUUAUUCCGGUGACCGGCUGUUCCUCUUCAUUGGCAUAAUUGACAUCCUUCAGAGCUACCGAAUGGUAAAGAAAAUGGAGCAUACCAUCAAAUCUGUUGUUAUCGAUUCGGAGACUGUAUCUGUGACGAAUCCCAGUUUCUACGCCAAACGUUUCCAAAAUACUUUGGGCAAUUGUAUAUUCCGAAGAACUCCUUACCUGGAUCCACCGCAAUUGUUUGGCCCCAAAGCUAGGCGGUUUCGACGUUUGGCUCAUCUAGGUUCUAAAGUUUUUUUCCUCUUGUUCAGAUCCCCUAGUAAUGAAACCGCUUCUUCAGUUACGACUUGGCCACGCCAGCGUUUCUUGAAUACUCUCUCAAGAUACUCAUCAGGCUGCUCCUCAGGUUACUCAACAAUGGUGAACAACCACAAUUGGAGCGCGGGGCUGGUUUCGGAUCUCCCCCAUACCGACUACACUCAUCCUGCUUCUGUCCCAAUUUGUCGCACCCGAACUUCUCCAAGCACCGAACCGCGCCUCUUUAACUCGUCGCGCGGCGAGCUAUCUUGGUGUGAACAUUCCAUCAUUAGUCUUCGAAUGGGAUCUGAAUCUGAUCUUUCUGACAGCAAUACAACCUCUACUAGUAGUACCAGCGACGCUGACGGCCAGAUCGUUCCCGCCGACGGUGUUGUGAUGACUAUGCAGGGAAAACGCACCGUUGAAGAGUUGGAUUCUCAGUUGGCAGCUGUGCAAAAAUUGGUCCGACGUGAACGGGCUCGCAAACAGCGAGAAGAGGCCUACAGGAAUCGAUCUGUGUCGAAUUUGCCCCUUUCAAUGGUGAGCAAUGUACCGACACCACCUCUGCCCCCUCAUUACGCUACAGUGUCUCGUCGGAGUGUACAGCGCGUCUUUUUAAUGCCUGAGCCCGUCGACCUACGUAGCCGCACUCCCCCUGUGCAGCGUAGCGAUCGCGCAACCACGGCAUCGCCACCGCCUUUACCCACAAUCUCAAGUGAGUGCACGGUGAGCGUGAUGGACGAGUCAUUUUCACUUUUCGUCUUGCCCUCAACCUGUGUAUAG